AAAAAAAAAAACUAUAUUUCCUUUGCGGCGUCUCCUAUCCGUAAAAGCUCAUCGACUGUUAGAGGGACAACGAUUGUAGAAUUAAGAUCAGAGGUAAAAAGAAAAAAGAGCUUCGACUCUUCCGUCGCUGUUGUAUUAGAAGUAAACGACGACGAUGAAGAACGCUGAAAGGAUCGCCAAUUUGGCUUUAUUAGGGUUGACAAUGGCACCGCUUGUUGCGAAGGUAGAACCCAACUUGAAUGUUGUUUUGACUGCAUGUCUAGCAGUGUAUGUGGGUUGCUGUAGGUCUGUCAAGCCAACUCCACCAGCAGAGUCGAUGUCUAAUGAACAUGCUAUGCGUUUUCCAUUCGUUGGGAGUGCAAUGCUGUUAUCGCUUUUCUUACUGUUCAAGUUCUUGUCAAAAGACUUGGUUAAUGCAGUAUUGACAGCAUACUUCUUUGUUCUUGGAAUCAUCGCUCUUUCGGCAACAAUACUGCCUGCUAUAAAACGCUUCUUGCCAAAGCAUUGGAAUGAAGACCUUAUCAUUUGGCAUUUUCCAUUCUUUCGUUCUUUUGAGAUUGAGUUCACAAGAUCUCAGAUCAUAGCUGCAAUCCCUGGAACAUUUUUCUGUGCAUGGUAUGCUUCUCAGAAGCAUUGGCUGGCAAAUAACAUUCUGGGUCUUGCUUUCUGCAUUCAGGGAAUUGAAAUGCUUUCUCUUGGAUCAUUUACGACUGGUGCCAUUCUAUUGAGUGGGCUUUUUGUAUACGAUAUUUUCUGGGUCUUUUUCACUCCUGUUAUGGUUAGCGUUGCAAAGUCAUUUGAUGCUCCUAUAAAGCUUUUGUUCCCUACAGCUGACUCUGCCCGGCCAUUUUCCAUGCUUGGACUCGGUGAUAUUGUAAUUCCUGGUAUUUUUGUAGCACUAGCAUUAAGAUUUGAUGUAUCUAGGGGGAAAGAGAGCCAAUAUUUUAAGAGCACAUUUUUGGGGUACAUGGUAGGCUUGCUCAUCACAAUUGUUGUCAUGAACUGGUUUCAAGCUGCGCAGCCUGCACUUCUGUAUAUUGUACCGUCUGUUAUCGGAUUCUUGGCUGUUCACUCUAUUUGGAAUGGAGAAGUUAAACCAUUAUUGGAGUUUGAUGAAUCAAAGACAGCGGUUGAAAUGCAAGAAGGUAGCGACGACAAAUCGAGCCAGAAGGUGGAAUGAGUUAGAACCCAAGCAGACACUGAAGCUGGAUUUAGCUUGAGAUCAGGAAAUAGUGUUUUACAUUCAAAGGUGAAUCUCUCUAUUGCAAAACUGUUGUAACAGAUUUUGGAAUUAACCAAGAAAUAAUAUUUAGCCUCUUAAGAGGGGGGGGGGGAGAUGGAUUAUUUCCUUUUUUACACAA